AUGUUGACGAGAUUGAAGUGGUCAAAACAAAUUAAGCAGUUAAUUGAUACGUUUCGAAAAAUUGCUAAUUGGCCAUUGCUCGAAGAAAAUUGGAAUGAGUGUGUGUUUAACAUCUCGGAGGCAUUAGCCUUAGUGACUAAUACUUUCAAGUCUUCCGUGUUAUUUCACAUAGAUCAACCAAGUUUGGGUUUGGGUUUUGGUUCUAGAGAUUACUAUUUGGAUCAAACAAAGUUUUCGGAUCAUCUUAAAGCUUAUGAGAAGUAUCAGUUAAAUACUUUGUCAUUAAUAUUAGAUGGCGCCAACGUUAGCUAUAACAGAUCGCAGUUAAAAUCUGAUGUACAUGAUACGAUCAGCUUCGAAAUCAAUAUUGCUAAGGUUGUCGAUUUAGAUCAUGAUUGUUUUUGGUAGAA